AUGGCUACGCCGACACCAAGUCUGGGACCGACCCGGACAUUCGCCGCGACGUCCACGGCGACCUGCACCACGGCCGUGCCGGACAGGUACGGUCACGUCCCGGGAGACGCGUGCAACGCCUACUACGACUUCUACCCGAGCUUCGGUGGGAAUCUGGCCUUUGCCGCUCUCUUUGCCUUCAGCACCGUGGGUCACCUGGUGGAGGCCAUUGUUUUCAAGAAGCGGUUUUGCUGGGUCGUCAUAAUGGGCGGACUGUGGGAGACGGCGGCCUUCAUCAUCAGAACCCUCGGUUCGCACAACCAGCAGGAGAUGCAGUUUGCCCUAUGGGGGCAGCUUCUCUUUCUCCUAGCCCCCUUGUGGAUCAACGCCUUCGUGUACAUGACGGUCGCGCGCAUGGUGCACUUCGGCCUGCCGAGCCAAAAGAUCUGGGGCAUCCGGGCGGCGAGGAUGACGCUGCUCUUCGUGUGGUUGGACAUUGUGUGCUUCCUCGUGCAGGGCGGCGGCGGCAGCAUGCUGUCGGGCGACAACUCGGCCGACGUGCGGCGCAUCGGGUCCAAGGUGUACAUGUCUGGCGUGGGGCUGCAGCUGGCGUUUGUGCUCGUCUUCAUCGUCCUGACGGUGUGCUUUUACGUCGAGAUGCGGCGCGUCACGGGCGGCAGGAUGGGGCUGAUGCGAUGGCUAACGCUGGCGAUGAUUGCGGUGCUGCUGUUCAUUGUGAUGCGCAUCGUCUAUCGCCUCGUCGAGUUCAGCCCCGGCGCGGGCAUGGACAACCCGCUCCUGACGAGCGAGAUAUACCCCUUCAUGCUCGACGCGUUCCCGAUGCUGGUGGCGCUGGUGCUGCUCAACGCCAUGCACCCGGGGUUCGUGCUUCGUGGACCGGAGAGCGAGUUCCCGCGCCUCAGCCGCGCGGAGAAGAAGGCGCUCAAGGCGCAGAAGAAGGAGGACAAGCGGCGGCGCAAGGAGGAGAAGAAACGAGGCAAGAGCGGGCGCCCGAGCAGUGAGUACGCGCUGGCGGACGACGUGCGCCGGGGGACGGGAAGCGAGAGCGAGUGGGAGAGGGCGCAGAGGGUUUAG